CCUUUUUUCCACCCCACCGUUUCUUUCUGGUAUUAUUGUAAUUUUGUGCGAAAGGAAGUUAUGAACAACUGCAAGUCAGGAAGUGGAAGUCCACACCGGUUGUGACAAGCUGGGGCUGAGAACUAUUUCAUUAUUUAUAUAGAUGUGUCGAUCAACAUUCUGCUUUUCAUCCAAAGAAUAAAGGGAAAUACCGGCUUGUCCUAUGUUUGAUGGUGAAUGACAGACUGCAUCUGAGGAAAGGAAGGACUAAAUAUAUCAGCUAAGAACAACACCGUUAUUUAUUAAAUGCAGUAGACCUUUUUUUUUAAAAAAAAAAAACCCAAAGACUGUUUGAGGAAAAGAUUUAAUGGGUCAUUGAAAGGGGAAAAAAUGUAAAAGGCCCUUGUGUUUGUGAAAUGCAGCUAUCCUCAACACAGGAGCCGUACUUGUAAGACAGACAUUCAAAUUAAGGCUUUACAUGACGAAUUUUCUAUCCUAUGGAUAUCAGUCUUGAGAUUACAAACCAAGAAGAUCUAUACUUGAUCUAGCACCAGAUAAUUUCAAUGCCUAGUAUUCCCCAGGAUUGCUGGAGUACGAGGAGCUGCGUCGGACUGUACUCGGGGUAUGCCAUGGGCUGUAUUCAGAGCAUUAGCUGCAAAUCCAAAGUUUUCCGGGAAAGUAUUUCAGUGACUGAAAUUAAAGCUUCCAUCGACCCCAUUCCCACCAGCAUAGACGAGUCGUCCAGCGUGGUUCUGCGCUACCGGACCCCUCACUUCCGAGCAUCGGCGCAAGUGUUGGUGCCCCCUCUUCCCAAGAAGGAGACCUGGAUCGUGGGCUGGAUUCAGGCGUGCAGCCAUAUGGAAUUUUACAAUCACUACGGGGAGCAGGGAAUGUCAAGUUGGGAGCUCCCGGAUCUACUAGAUGGUAAAAUCCAGGCCAUAAGUGACUCAGAUGGAGUGAACUAUCCCUGGUAUGGAAACACCACAGAAACCUGCACCAUCGUGGGCCCCACAAAGAAAGAAUCCAAGUUCAACAUCAGCAUGAACGACAACUUCUACCCGAGCGUCACGUGGGCUGUGCCCGUGAGCGAGAGCAACGUGGCCAAACUCACGAGCAUCCACCGGGAUCAGAGCUUCACCACGUGGUUGGUUGCAACCAACACGGCUACCAACGAGAUGGUGACCUUGCAGACUAUCAAGUGGCGCAUGAGGCUGGGCAUAGAGGUCAAUCCCAGCAGACCCCUGGGGCAGCGUGCCAAGCUGCAGGAGCCCUCUGCUCAAGAGCAGCCCCAGGUCCUUAGCAAGAAUGAGCCAAUACCACCCAGUGCCCUUGUCAAACCCAAUGCCAAUGAUGCUCAGGUACUCAUGUGGAGGCCAAAGGAUGGACCACCACUCGUGGUGAUACCUCCAAAACACCGACAAUAGCAACCUGGCGUCCCGGUACCAGAAGGGAGAAAACAAAACAUUUAGGUAUUAGAAUACACACGUAUAAUCUGAGCGAAAUCAAAAUGCACUUUUUAUCCAUUCAACAGAAAUGCAACCAUUCUACCUUCUCCCAUUGGGACGGAUUUCACUGUGCUAAAGCUAACGAGAAGACCUUUGACUGGGGUCUGUCUCAUCACUGGAUUCCUAAGGGAAGAAAACUAACAUUAAUGUCUAUCCGUAUAGCUUCUUUUCUUCCCUACUUUAGUUACUGUUUGAACUUCAGGCUCAUUAGCUUGCCCAGACUGCCCAGAACAAUGAGAACAUUUUAUUUGGGAUUUUAGGAGUCUUUCUUUCUUUUUAGUUGAGAACAACAGUUCCUGGAGCAAAAAGUUGACUACUUAAGUCAAGGAUAAGGAUUUUUUUUCAGCUGUAAAGGUUCUGAGUUGCAAAUCCAAGUCAUGCGGCCUUAUGUAGACUUUGCUUUGCAUUGCCAAACUUUUGCCUUAAAGCUACGUUUGAAACAAAAAUACCACCAGGCAGAAUGUCCUUUCUACAGAAUUCAGGGGAGAAAGUCUUGGAACAAGGAGUAGAUUGCCAGUGUGUCACAGGCUGGUGAAAAGGGCAUGGAAUUGGAAGAAGCAUGACAAAAAUAACGUCUUCCUGGUUUUAAAACAUGGAACAAGGAAGCAUGGAAAUAAUCUCAGUUUCAAAGCAAUGCAAAUAACAAACCUGUCGCAGAAUGUCUUUCGAGUGGGAGCUACUAGGCCACCUCCCUGCAUCACAGAAGGGAUAGUAAGUGAGCUCGUGCUGCUUGCGCUUGCUGACCUGUCUCCCAUUAACGUUAUAAUAUGGGAUGAUCUCACAGGCAAAGGCAGCAGCUAGAAUUGCGGCCCUAUGAGACAACAUAAAUCAAGAGGGAAGAUGUUCCAUUAUGUUUGUCUUUAGGAAAUGAAGACCUUAGGCUGCCCAGCUAGCCCCCGGUCUCUCUUUCUCAUGGUUUUAACACCUAAUCGCUCGCAC